GGCGCAGUAUCAGCGGAUAGGCAGCAUGAGUUUGGAGCGGGACUCCAUGGAGGACUACUGGAGUGAGAUGAAGAGCAUCGAUGAGGAGCGUCAGGGAGGACCGGAGGAGCAGAUGGAGCGCGUCAGCGUGGACGAGGCGGAGCUUGAGGAGGCGUGGCUGCAGGAGGCGGGGCUCUCCACGCUGGCGACAGGAACACAGAGCGACGGCCCGGCGGAGGCUCUCCUCUCCACGCUCACACACUCACAGGCUGCUAUGGUGAAGAAACGGCUGGAUAACUACACGCAGACGCUGCGCAAGAGGAACAGACAGCCCAUGAGACACGUGCGAGACGUCUUCUCCAUGUCCGACGCGUCGUCUGAACUGACGCCUCCCAUUUCUCCAAAUGGACAGAUCGCUCCCAAACUGCCGCAGUGGAAUCCACCUAAAGUCCCUCCGGCGUGUGCAGCGGACACUAACGGCUCCAGCAGCGCUUCAGAGACCAUCCUUCUGUCGUUUGACGUGCCGUACUCCGAAGCGGCUCGAGCUCAUCGGAAAGGCCGGGAAUGCCAAGACUGCAGGAGGAUCCGUAAAGACGACAGGGAUUUACCGAGUUUUCAGAUAGUGAGGCCCAGACAGGGCGUGACGCGAGUGAGCGAUCUAUCGUCUGAGGACAUCAAGAAGAUCGGCUACAUCUCCCUGAUCGAGCUGACCACAUUCUACGACUUCAUGGGCAUCGAGAUGAAGAGGAACCGCGUGGUGCGCAGUAAAGCACGAGACAGCGGCAUAUUCGGCGUUCCUCUCACUACAUUGCUGGAAAAUGACCAGAAGAAAUACCCCGGUUCCAGAGUUCCUCUGGUUUUCAAGAAGUUGUUGUCUAAACUGGAGCAGACGGGCUUACAGACGGAGGGGAUUCUCAGGGUUCCGGGAUCAGCGUCCAGAGUGAAGCAUCUGCGUCAGGAGCUGGAGCUGAAGUUCUACGAGGAUCGUUUCGACUGGGAUCGGGUGCGUCAGAACGACGCGGCGGGUUUAUUGAAGAUGUUCAUCCGUGAGCUGCCGUAUCCUCUGCUGACCCAACAGCACCUGCCGGCGUUCACAGCCGCUCAGAGUAUCUCAUCACCCAAACAUCAGAUUCAGGCUCUUCAUCUUCUCAUCAUGCUGCUUCCUGAAGCCAACAGAGACACACUGAAGGUCUGUUCAUCUCAUCACGCUCUCAAACGCUUCCUGAAAAUUAUGUGA